GGUAGGUAGCUGCAAGGACCAGUGGCGCGGUGAGUACUCGGGGAGGAUGAGGGAGGAUGGUGAUGGGUGGAGGUUGCGGACCCUCCCUAUGCAGCGCGGGUCAGGGUCCUAGGGUCCGCUCUGAGGCCUAGAGAAGGCCCUGGAGUUCUGCUCUCGUGAAAGCAGCCCAGCCCGAGACACCUCCACAUUCUCAGGCCUGAAUCACAGCCCGCCCCUUUAUCCCAAGGUUCGGGAUCAACUUGAAAUGUUAUAUCCCAGCCAUGAAACUAGGCCAUGUCUGGUCCAACUGAUGAGACUGCAGGAGACUUGCCUGUGAAAGACAUAGGUCUAAACCUCUUUGGAAUGGGAGGGUUACAAGAAAUUUCAACAACACGGACAACAAUGAAGUCUCGCCAGGCAGUGUCACGUGUCAGUCGUGAAGAACUGGAAGACAGAUUUUUGCGUUUGCAUGAUGAGAACAUUUUACUUAAACAGCAUGCCCGCAAGCAGGAGGAUAAAAUUAAAAGAAUGGCCACCAAGUUAAUACGGCUAGUUAAUGACAAGAAAAGAUAUGAGCGGGUUGGUGGCGGCCCCAAGCGGCUGGGACGAGAUGUGGAAAUGGAAGAAAUGAUUGAGCAGCUGCAAGAGAAAGUCCAUGAGCUUGAAAGACAAAAUGAAGCCCUCAAACACAGACUAAUUUCAGCCAAACAGCAACUUCAAAUCCAGGGUUACAGGCAAACUCCAUACAAUAAUGUACAAUCUCGCAUUAACACUGGGCGUAGAAAAGCAAAUGAAAAUGCAGGCUUUCAGGAAUGCCCCAGGAAAGGUAUAAAAUUCCAAGAUGCAGAUGUAGCUGAAACUCCACAUCCUAUGUUUACAAAAUGUGGCAACAGUUUACUUGAAGAAGCCAGAGGAGAAAUAAGAAAUUUAGAAAAUGUUAUUCAGUCACAAAGAGGCCAGAUAGAAGAGUUAGAGCACUUGGCUGAGAUCCUGAAAACUCAGUUGAGGAGAAAAGAAAAUGAAAUUGAAUUAUCUCUUCUUCAACUUCGAGAACAGCAAGCUACAGAUCAAAGGUCAAAUAUUCGGGACAAUGUAGAAAUGAUUAAGCUUCAUAAACAGCUAGUGGAGAAAAGCAAUGCUCUUUCAGCAAUGGAAGGAAAAUUUAUUCAGCUUCAAGAGAAGCAAAGAACUCUCAGAAUCAGCCACGAUGCCUUGAUGGCAAAUGGGGAUGAGUUAAACAUGCAACUUAAAGAGCAGCGUUUAAAAUGUUGCAGUCUUGAGAAACAAUUACAUUCUAUGAAGUUUUCUGAAAGAAGAACAGAAGAGCUGCAGGAUAGAAUUAAUGAUUUAGAAAAGGAACGGGAACUUUUAAAAGAAAACUAUGAUAAACUUUAUGACAGUGCCUUCAGUGCUGCCCAUGAAGAGCAAUGGAAGUUAAAGGAGCAGCAGCUGAAAGUACAGAUUGCUCAGCUUGAGACUGCCUUGAAAUCUGACUUAACAGACAAAACUGAAAUCCUUGACAGAUUAAAAACUGAAAGAGGACCUUUAAUAAACCAAAAUGAAAAACUCGUUCAAGAGAAUAAAGUACUGCAGUUACAGUAUCUGGAACAAAAGCAGCAACUUGAUGAACUUAAAAAACGUGUGAAAUUUUACAACCAGGAGAAUGAUAUUAAUGCUGAUGAAUUGAGUGAAGCUCUCCUACUUAUAAAGGCUCAAAAAGAACAAAAAAAUGGAGACCUUUCCUUUUUAGUGAAAGUAGAUAGUGAAAUUAAUAAAGAUCUAGAACGGUCUGUGAGAGAGCUGCAAGCAACUCAUGCAGAAACAGUGCAAGAGCUUGAAAAGACAAGGAAUAUGCUAAUUAUGCAACAUAAAAUUAAUAAAGAUUAUCAGAUGGAGGUUGAGGCAGUGACCCGUAAAAUGGAAAACUUGCAGCAAGAUUGUGACCUCAAAGUGGAGCAGUAUGUUCAUCUUCUCGACAUCAGGGCUGCACGCAUCCAGAAACUAGAAGCCCAAUUAAAGGAUAUUGCCUAUGGCACCAAGCAGUACAAAUUUAAACCAGAAAUCAUGCCAGAUGACUCUGUUGAUGAAUUUGAUGAAACCAUCCACUUAGAACGAGGCGAAAAUCUUUUUGAAAUCCAUAUCAACAAAGUAACCUUUUCUUCUGAAGUUUUACAGGCAUCUGGAGAUAAAGAGCCUGUCACUUUCUGUACCUAUGCUUUCUAUGAUUUUGAACUACAGCUAACUCCUGUAGUGCGGGGCCUUCAUCCUGAAUAUAACUUCACUUCUCAAUAUCUUGUUCAUGUUAAUGACUUAUUUUUGCAAUAUAUUCAGAAGAAUACUAUCACCCUCGAGGUCCAUCAAGCUUAUAGCACAGAAUAUGAAACAAUUGCAGCAUGUCAAUUAAAAUUUCAUGAAAUUCUUGAAAAAAGUGGCCGAAUAUUUGGUACAGCAAGUUUGGUUGGAACUAAAGGAGACAUCCCAAAUUUUGGCACAGUGGAAUACUGGUUCCGAUUAAGAGUUCCCAUGGAUCAAGCAAUUCGACUUUAUCGAGAACGGGCAAAGGCUUUGGGAUAUAUAACAUCGAAUUUUAAGGGGCCAGAGCAUAUGCAAUCGUUAAGUCAGCAAGCACCCAAAACUACUCAACUCAGUUCUACAGAUUCCACAGAUGGCAACCUAAAUGAACUUCACAUUACAGUAAGAUGUUGCAACCACCUGCAGUCCCGAGCAAGCCACCUGCAGCCACACCCAUAUGUUGUGUACAAGUUUUUUGAUUUUGCAGACCAUGAUACAGCCAUCAUUCCCAGUAGCAAUGAUCCACAGUUUGAUGAUCAUAUGUAUUUCCCAGUGCCAAUGAAUAUGGAUUUGGAUCGAUACCUUAAGUCAGAGUCUCUGAGUUUUUAUGUUUUUGAUGAUAGUGAUACCCAGGAGAAUAUUUACAUAGGAAAAGUCGAUGUGCCUCUGAUUUCACUGGCACAUGACAGGUGUAUCUCAGGAAUAUUUGAGUUAACAGACCAUCAAAAGCAUCCUGCUGGCACCAUCCAUGUUAUAUUGAAAUGGAAAUUUGCCUACCUUCCACCAAGCGGAUCAAUAGCAACUGAAGACUUAAGAAAUUUCAUACACAGAGAAGAGCCAGACGUUGUUCAAAGACUUCCUCCAGCACCCUCUGUUAGCACACUAGUUGCACCAAGACCUAAACCAAGACAACGUUUAACACCAGUAGAUAAGAAGGUGUCUUUCAUGGAUAUCAUGCCACGUCAGAGUGAUGAGACUUCUCCUCCUGAAGAUAUGAAGGAAAUUUUGCCAGAAGUGGAGCAUAUACCAGAAAUAGAAAUUAAUGUGCCAGCUGUUUCACAUGUUCCCAAGGUUUCACAAGAAAGCAGUGUAGACAAGGUAAAAGAGAAUACUGAGAAAAUGCAGCAAGGAAAAGAUGAUGUGUCUUUACUGUCUGAAGGUCAGCUUGCAAAACAAAGCUUGGUGUCUUCUGAAGAUGAAACAGAAAUAACAGAGGACUUGGAACCAGAAGUUGAAGAGGACAUAUCAGCUUCUGACAGUGAUGACUGUAUUAUUCCAGGUCCUAUCUCCAAGAAUAUCAAACAGCCUUCAGAAAAAAUUCGGAUUGAGAUCAUAGCUCUAAGCCUUAAUGAUUCUCAAGUAACCAUGGAUGACACUAUUCAACGGCUGUUCAUUGAGUGCCGAUUCUACAGUCUUCCUGCCGAAGAGACACCCGUGUCACUUCCAAAACCCAAGAGUGGGCAGUGGGUUUACUAUAACUAUAGCAAUGUGAUCUACGUGGAUAAAGAAAACAACCAAGCAAAGAGAGACAUCUUAAAAGCUGUACUACAGAAACAAGAGAUGCCUAAUGGAAGCAUUCGCUUCACCGUGGUCAGUGACCCUCCAGAGGACGAGCAGGACCUGGAGUGUGAGGACAUUGGCGUGGCUCACGUCCAUCUCGCCGACAUAUUCCAGGAAGGGAGGGACCUCAUUGAGCAAAAUAUCGAUGUUUUUGAUGCACGAGCAGAUGGUGAAGGUAUUGGCAAGCUCAGGGUAACAGUUGAAGCUCUCCAUGCCCUCCGGUCUGUCUAUGAGCAAUACAGAGAUGACUUGGAGACUUGAAAGCAACUGCUCCAGAGGCGUCUCCUAAUCCUGAGUAAAUGCUCACAUGAAAGCUCCUACAUGAGAUUUUUGUAAUUACUCUGGUGUAUAUAAUCUAUAAUUCAUGGGAAGCUGGGAGCGGGGAGACCUGGGUUUGAAGUGUUUUGAAUUUUGUAUACUUUUUCAUUUGUUUAUUUCUAUACCCUCUUUCCCAUGACUGCCACCCCUCAGGACUUAAGUUCUCCAUAAUGGGCAGUACCUUCUCAAUAAUUUAUACCUACAUGAUAGCAUGAGAAAGUCUAUUUGCAUUUUCAACAUUUUCUUAGGAAGAACUGAAAUGCAAUUCCCAUUCUUAUUUUUAAUAAGCAAAAGCAUAAAUCUUAGACAACCUAUGAAAAAAAAUACUUUUAUGUUACCCCUAAUCGUCCCACUAAACGGAAUGCUUAUGAUUAGCCUCAUUAAGAGUUUUAUACUGUGAAGAUUUUAUUAGAAGCAAUAUAUGAAAAUUACUUGGAUUAAUGUGUUAAUCUUCCUCUUUAAAAUGCUAAUAUCCAUUUUAUGCACAUUAAAGCUCAGUAUGCAUUUUCUUUGAUGCAUGCAGUUUCUAUCAAUUAAAUAUAAAGAAUGAGACUUAGCACCAACUUAUUCAAUGACUGCGAAUUUUUUGUUUUUCUUUCUUAAAAGUUCAUUCUGUUUGUAUUAUUUGCAUGUAUUUGUAAUGGUGGUAUGGGAUCCAGGGAUGUGUAUCUAUAAAAAGGAAAUAGGUAUAUGGAUAGAUGUGAAAUUUACAUGUUGAAAACUUAGCAUAUGACAUAGAAACAAAUUAUCAAAAGUAUAGCUCAAAUUCUGAUGUGCUUAGUAAGAUCUGAAAGGAGUAUCUUUUUAUCAUUUUUUUAAAUUUACAUCAAGCCAGUACAUUGCUGGGGUGUAUCUGGGUAACCAGAUCCUCAAAAAGAGCUCGGAAAGUUAAUUUUCUAGCUUUUACCCAAUCUCACUGAAGGAUUUAAUUGAUAUUUUUAAUGGAGCUGUGAAUCAAUGCUGCAAGGGAAUUGUCUCUAGAGGUCUGGGAUAUAAUGCAUUUCAUUUUUUAAUUUACUUUUUUAUUUGUCAUUUUCUUCAAAGGAUUUUUAUAGGCCGUGGGUUUUCACUGUUUGCAAACAGGCUAUGUUCCUUCUUAAGCAUAUGUAAAGUAUUCAGGGAGAUAAGUAAUUUAUUAAAAUCUACCUAAUUUGCCGUGAUAUAUUAAAUCUCUGCUUCAGUGAUCACAGACCAUUUCAUUUAGAGAAUUAGGCAUUCCCUCUUUGUGUGAUUAAAGCUCUGGAAAAUGAGUUCUUUGCUCCUAUUUGUGAACAUUCAAAGCCUGCUAAUGGCAAGAAGAUGGAAUAGAUUAUGAGACAAUUCAUUACAGUUCCAUAGAAAAAAAAAAAGCAGCUAUAAUGCAAAAAUGCAAGUAUGAAUAUCUGCAUAUAGUUUGAACCAUCUGUGCUCUAAUGGCUUCAAUAAUGACUCUCGUCUUUAGGAGGCUUUGAAAUGACAUCCGUACAAUAUUAAUUUGUUGAUGUACAUUGUGGGACCAGUAGAGUAUGAUCUGACCACAGAAAUCUAUAAAUUCUGUCUAUACCACUGGGCCUCCCUGUCCUGGGGCUUGCCAUCUCCAAGAAGAAUCUUGCUCUCAUCAAACUCUGCAAAUCUUCAUAACAACUCAUUCCUCUGGAACCUUCUAGAGACCACAAACAUCUGCAGACUAAACCUCUCCAAUCCUAGUAAACAACCACAUGUUUGUUGUCACUUCAGCUGGCUUUGAGCUCAUUUUUUUGGCCCCUCUUUCUAGCUUUCUUUGGCUUUAUGCAGUUACAGUGUCAUUAAGGCCCAUAAUAUUCCCUGCAGUAAUUUAAAACAGCCAGAUUAUACCCUGGGAUUAACUGAGUGGUUUUUGAGACAUUUAUUGUGGUAUUCUCCCAGAAGGUUUGUAUUAUUGUUGUAAAAUGUUACAUCCCAAACUAAAUAACCCUUCUGCAGGGAGAAGAACCAGAUUUCACCGACUUCUUAGGAUCUUUAAGUGGAAAGGAAAAGCUUUUCUUAGAAAACUUCUGGGAUCCAGUCACCUGUAUGGAACGCAAAGCUCAGACAAGGUUAGAGAAACAGCCAUGUUUCUGUCACAUUGUUUACUGUAAUAUUAAAGAUUUCUAGUUUUAAAAUAUUCAGUUUCAAACUAUUGCAAAUUUUCACAACACUCAUUUUCAUAGCUAAUUGCUGUUGACACAUUGUGAAAUGACGAGGUAGUAUUGAAUGCUGUCAUGUGGAUACUUCAGUUGGGUUUCAUAAUCUGUUCAAAGGUUUUGUUUGUUUCAUCUUGUGGUAACUAGAGUUCAUUGAAAAGCUUACCACCUUUUGGGUUAAAGAGCAGUGGUUUUCUCUUGGUGAGCCAAACUGGAUCCAUUGAGAAGGGCAUGGCGUAAGGGGCCACCAGCAGUGGCCUUGCCACACAGAUAGCAGCGUAAGGUGUUCUGUUGUGAACCUACAACUCUUAGUGUAACUGGACCAGUGCACUCAGCACUUUUUUGGGCUGUAAUGCUUUUAGUUUGGAAAUAUAAAUAGAGAUGUGAUGUGGUAUGUGGGAGAGUGUAUUUUACAUGUUUUUUUGCCUACUGUAGUAGAAAUGUCAAAUUCCCAGCCACUGUCAUGAGAAGCGGUUGACAAAAAUAAGUUUUAUGGUUUCCAGUGUGGUUUAUGUGAAGAACAUUUCUCUUCACUCUCAGUUUCAACAUGUUUUCUAAAUUAUCAUGGUUUACUGCGAUUUAGCUUAAAUUAGUUUUUUUUAAGAAUAAAUAGAGAAUAUGUUUAAUCAAAUAAAGAAAGGCCACAUUGAAA